CCUUCUACCACGAGCAGGCCCGGACCUCGAGACCUAAAGCUGGGGAUCCCAAGUCCGUUCUACAGCUAGAGAUCACUAUGUGGCCAUGGAAUCCUCGGGCGAUCCCUGUGGACGCCACCUCACUCCGGGGUAGGGGGCGCUAGGCCGGGCCCUUCCGACCCUGGCAGGUGCGCCCCGCCUGCAGCGCGCCCAGCUGCUGGCGUCUAGGGGGCGGGCUCCAGAGGCCCCGCCCAGGUCUCGGAGCCAAUCGACGUCCGGGGGCGGGCGGGGCAGGCGCGGGCGGCGGCACAGAGACGAGCGCGGGUGGAGGGCGCGGACCGACCGAGCGCACCGACCAUGGCCUCCAAGUGUCCCAAGUGUGACAAGACCGUAUACUUCGCUGAGAAGGUGAGCUCCCUGGGCAAGGACUGGCACAAGUUCUGUCUCAAGUGUGAGCGCUGCAACAAGACACUGACCCCCGGCGGCCAUGCUGAGCAUGAUGGGAAGCCCUUCUGCCACAAGCCCUGCUAUGCCACGCUGUUUGGACCCAAAGGCGUGAACAUCGGGGGCGCUGGCUCCUACAUCUACGAGAAGCCUCAGACCGAGGCCCCUCAGGUCACUGGCCCCAUCGAGGUCCCUGUGGUGAGAACUGAGGAGCGAAAGACCAGCGGCCCCCCCAAGGGUCCCAGCAAAGCCUCUAGUGUCACCACAUUCACUGGGGAGCCCAACAUGUGUCCUCGAUGCAACAAGAGAGUGUACUUCGCUGAGAAGGUGACCUCUCUGGGCAAGGACUGGCACCGGCCCUGCCUGCGCUGUGAGCGCUGCUCCAAGACCCUGACCCCAGGCGGGCAUGCUGAGCACGAUGGCCAGCCCUACUGCCACAAGCCUUGCUAUGGAAUACUCUUUGGACCCAAAGGAGUGAAUACUGGUGCUGUGGGCAGCUAUAUCUACGACAAGGACCCGGAAGGCACAGUUCAGCCCUAGAUCUGCAGAUGCUGUCCUCGGGGUCCCCCUGUUUGACCCGGAGGCAAAGUGGCCUGUUGCCUAGUCCUGCCUCAGCGUGUCUCGCCUGCAAAUCCGGGACCUAAGUGGUGGAGGAGAAAGCCUGGAUAGUCCCAGAGCUUCAGCCCCCUUUGUCACCUUGGCGUGUCCCGUGCUGCCCACCGUUUACUUCCUGUCUGUGUGCCUCCGUAGCCCCAUGGGUCCUGUGUUCCUGUGUCCCUGAUAGCUCUCCAAGGUGACUGUCCUAUGAUAUAUCCCUUUGCCCACACCUGCCCACCAGUAUUAUUUAUGCUCUGCUUGCCGGUGAUGGCCGUGAGCUCACAGCAUUCCCAGGGUGAUGGCUGGCGCCCUUGCGAGGAGCCCUCUGCUGGUUCCACACUACUCCCUACCUACCCUCACAUGGUUCAUGGCUAUGGAGACUUUUGCUGUCAAUAAAUAGUUUGGUUUGAGGAUUGCAA